UCUUCUUCUUCUUCUUCUUCUUCUUCUUCUUUUCUGUGUUUUUUAUGGAACUUGGUAGAGGACAGAACCACAGAAGAACCGAAGUCAAUGUGGGUGCCGUAACUGAUGUCGGGACUACAAACUCGGAGGUUGCCAUGCUAUGUGUCAAUUUGUCUCUUUCCGAUUUUUAUUCUUCUCGUCCUGAGUUUCAGACAAGGCUUGUUGUCAACGUCGGUGAAUAUUUCUGAACUUGAAGCUCUUGGUUCAUCACAAUUAGGUCCAAAGCUUCUCCAGACACUAUCAAGAGUUCAAUUCAAAGGACUUGCAGGAGAUUUCCGUUUUAUGAAUGGACAACUUCAACCAUCAGUGUUUGAGAUUAUUAAUGUGGUCGGAACGGGAGAAAGGUCAAUAGGAUUCUGGACAGAGGAAAAUGGUCUUGUCAAGAAAAUAGACCAAGAACCUCAAAGUGUGGAAGCUUUAUCUACUUGGAAAUAUUAUCUUAAAUACAUUAUAUGGCCUGGAGAGGCUGAUUCUGCUCCCAAAGGAUGGGAGAUUCCGACUAAUGGGAAGAAGUUGCGCAUAGGAGUUCCAAAGAGAACCGGUUACACUGAUCUUGUGAAGGUCACAAGAAAUCCUAUCACCAAUUCAACGGUAGUCACAGGUUUCUGCAUAGAAUUCUUUGAGGCUGUGAUUCGAGCAAUGCCUUAUGACGUCUCCUAUGAGUUCAUACCUUUUGAGAAAGGCAAUGGUGAAGCAGCCGGCAAUUACAACGACUUGGUCCACCAAGUGUACCUUGAGAGAUAUGAUGCGGUUGUGGGAGAUACAACAAUACUGGCAAACAGGUCCUCCUAUGUCGAUUUUACACUCCCUUUCAUUAAAUCAGGUGUGGGAUUGAUUGUACCAAUGGAUGACCUAGUGAAUAGAGAUCACUUCAGCUUCUUGAAACCUUUGUCAUGGAAACUAUGGGUUACUUCCUUUGUCUUUUUCUUCUUUAUUGGCUUUACUGUUUGGGUUGUUGAGCAUAGGGUUAAUCCUGACUUUCAAGGACCGAAAAGAUACCAAGCUAGUACCAUAUUCUGGUUUGCUUUCUCUACCAUGGUUUUUGCUCCAAGAGAAAGGGUGUUCACCUUUGGAGCGAGGAUCUUGGUUAUCACAUGGUACUUCAUCCUUCUCGUGUUGACUCAAAGUUACACAGCCAGUUUAGCCUCACUUCUGACCACACAAAAACUUAAUCGAACCAUAACUAGCAUGCGUAGCUUGCUUGAGAGAGGAGAAAGAGUGGGUUAUCAGAGAACAUCGUUCAUCUUCGGAAAGCUUAAAGAAGCAGGUUUCUCGUCAUCUACCCUUGUGCCCUUUGAUACGCCAGAAGAAAGCGAUGAAUUUCUCAGAAAUGGACCAGAAAAUGGUGGAAUCUCUGCAGCUUUCUUGGAAACACCUUACUUGAGACUCUUUCUCGGACAAUAUUGCAACAACUAUAAAAUGGUUGAAGAACCUCUGAAUGUUGAAGGAUUUGGCUUCGUAAAUCGAAACUCUUUUUUUUUUGCAGGUGUUUCAAGGGCUAUCUUGAAAGUAGCAGAGUCACCAAAAGCCAUGGAACUUCAGCAUGCGUGGUUCAAGAAGAAAGAAGAAAGUUGUCCAGACCCAGUCACCAGUCCAGAUCCAAAUCCAUAUGUUACCUCUAGACAACUUGGUGUAGACAGUUUCCGGCUUCUGUUUAUAGGCGUGUUUGUUAUAUGCAUUAUAACCCUCGGAAAAUUCACUUUCUGUUUCCUAAAGAAGACUGAAGGGAAUGAUUCGUAUAUCAACCGGGUAGAGAAAUGUUCAUGUUGGUCAAAACAACAAACGGUUCAUGACAGGAGUCAAGCAAGACAGCCACAAUAGUCAUUAAGUCACAAUCAUAGCCGGCUUAGAGCAUGUGCCCACAGUCACAGUGCA